AUGCUCAGUAACGACAAGCGCAAAUGGAGACACAGCGGCCAUACCAGAGCAGCUGAAACCUGCAGCUCGACUGUGGCGACUAUUAUGCGCUGGCCGCGUCUAAACUGGACUGAACCAAGGCCUGGUAUCCGUAAAUGGGUUGCGAUUGCGGCUGCGUCGUAUGCCGCAAGGUCAAGGCCAAGUUGCUGCCGAAGCGAGACGGCGGCCCUGCCAGAGGUGCAGGAGCAAUUCCGCAACGGCGUCUUUGGUGGCGCUGAAAGGUACUGUGGUGAGGCAACCAGCCCGCAAACGAGCAUGCAAAACCUGCAAAACCUGCACUCCGCCACACGCCUCAUCCGGAUCCCAUGCCAUCACUGGGUCGUGAGGCUGGUGACGUGGCACUCGAGUCCGGCGAAGCGGGUCUCGGGUGGCUCAGUGCCAACGGAGCGCGGCUUUCGGUUGCAAUUUAUGACGAGCCCGAGCAAUGAUGAAGUCACCCGGGGUCUUCGCUCGCUUCCAGGACUGGAACCAACGACGAGCCCACCUGUGGCCCCUGUUCCCUCUCCAAUCGUAGCCGCCAAAGAUCCCGCGACCAGGGGCCUAUUCAAGUAG